AUGGUACAAACGGGAGAUCCAACAGCGACCGGUAUGGGAGGAGAGUCAAUAUUUGGUAUCUUAUAUGGACCGACGAAAAAAUAUUUUCCGGCAGAGAUAAGAUCGAAAUUAAAGCAUAAAAAAUUGGGUACAGUUUCAAUGGCGGUGGCAAGUGAUGGAGCGGAAGGUAAAGGAGGGGUUAGUGGAUCACAAUUCUUUAUUACGACGGGAGAAAAUUUAGAUUAUUUAGAUGGUAAAUAUACAGUAUUUGGAGAAGUAGCGGAAGGAUUUGAUACUCUAGAAAAGAUUAAUAAUAUGUAUUGUGAUGAAAUUGGAAGACCAUAUAAAGAUAUUCGAAUCAAACAUACUCAUAUACUUGAAGAUCCAUUUCCUGAUCCUGAUGGUCUUCAAGUACCUGAUAAAAGUCCUUCACCGACAAAAGAAAUGUUAGAAACCGUGAGAAUAGGAGAAGAUGAAAGCAUCGAACCUGAAUUACCGCCUGAAGAAAUGGAGAAAAUAAAAAGGCAUCGAGAAGCUCAAGCACAAGCAUUAACAUUAGAAAUGAUUGGCGAUAUACCUUUUGCUGAAGUGAAACCGCCGGAAAAUGUUUUAUUUGUAUGUAAAUUAAAUCAAGUGACGAGAGAUGAGGAUUUAGAAUUAAUUUUUUCAAGAUUUGGUACUAUUAAUAGUUGUGAAAUUAUACGGGAUAAAAAAUCUGGUGAUUCUUUAGGUUACGCAUUUAUUGAAUUUGACAAUAAGGAAGAUUGUGAAACCGCUUAUUUUAAAAUGAAUAACGUUUUAAUUGAUGAUAGAAGAAUUAAAGUAGAUUUUUCUCAAUCUGUUUCAAAGCUUCAUAAAGAUUGGUUAAGCUCAAAAAUGAAAAAAAGUGGUGGAGGUUAUGGAGGAUCUAUGAGUUUGGAGAAACGGACAAAAUAUCGAGCAGGAGAUGAUGAACCUGUCGAUAAAUAUGAUCUCGUGUUUGAUCAUACAGACAAUUAUAAUAAUGAAAAACAAAAGAAUAUAGGGAUCAAGAUAGAGAUCGGGAUGAUAGAGGAAGAAGAAAGAGGUCUCGAUUUACAAGUCCACCAUCUAGAGGAAGGUCAGAUAGAGAUCGUGGAAGAUAUGAGAGGCAUGAGAAGUACGAGAGAAGAGAUAGGGAAAGAGAUCGUGGUCGUUACCGAUCAAGGUCGAGAUCACGUUCAAGAGAUAGAAAAAGAG